ACUCCUCAUCGUACUUUUGCAGUUCAUUUGUAAAGCACACAUCUUUUAAAGUUACUCAUCUUUUCUUCUUUUGAAUCAAUAUUUUUUCUGCUAUAGCCUAUAGUACAAGAUGAGAAAUUGGAACUUUCUUGGAUUUCUCUAUCUUGCUUUCAUAUUGAGAGUUGAAUCCUUCAAAUUUCAUAGGAUUGAUCAACACGUUGAAAGAAUCUCCGGAAGUGCUGGCGAUGUGUUGGAGGAUGAUCCUACAGGCAGGUUGAAAGUUUUUGUAUAUGAGCUUCCAGGCAAAUAUAACAAGAAAACGGUGCAGAGGGACUCACGAUGCCUCAAUCACAUGUUUGCUGCUGAGAUAUAUAUGAAUCAUUUUCUGUUAUCCAGCCCUGUUCGAACACUUAAUCCAGAGGAGGCAGAUUGGUUUUACACUCCAGUUUAUACAACUUGUGAGUACUUGACGCCACAUGGUCAUCCUUUACCUUUCAACUCACCGCGUAUGAUGAGAAGCGCGAUUCAUCAUAUUGCUUCUAGUUGGCCAUACUGGAACAGGACAGAGGGUGAUGAUCACUUCUUCAUUCUACCACAUGAUUUUGGUGCAUGUUUCCAUUUUCAAGAAGAGAAAGCUAUUGAAAGGGGGAUUCUUCCGUUGCUCCAACGUGCAACCUUGGUUCAAACUUUUGGACAACGGAAUCAUGUUUGUUUGAAGGAUGGAUCGAUAACUAUUCCUCCAUAUGCUCCUCCAAAGAAAAUUCAAUCCCACUUGAUCUCUCCUGAUACUCCAAGAUCCAUAUUUGUCUAUUUCCGAGGAUUGUUUUAUGACAAAAGAAAUGAUCCUGAAGGCGGGUACUAUGCAAGAGGCGCUCGAGCAACAGUGUGGGAGAACUUUAAGGACAAUCCACUCUUUGAUAUUUCUACAGAUCAUCCAACUACAUACUACGAAGACAUGCAGCGAGCUAUCUUUUGCUUGUGCCCUCUCGGAUGGGCUCCAUGGAGUCCGAGAUUGGUUGAAGCCGUUGUAUUCGGAUGCAUCCCCGUUAUAAUAGCAGAUGACAUUGUCUUGCCAUUUGCUGAUGCGAUUCCAUGGGAAGAUAUUGGAUUGUUCGUAGCGGAGAAGGAUGUUCCAUAUUUGGAUAACAUUCUCACUUCUGUUCCACCACAAGAAAUACUGAGGAAGCAGAGAUUGCUUGCCAAUCCUUCAAUGAAGCAGGCAAUGUUAUUUCUACAACCUGCUCAACCAGGUGACGCUUUCCACCAAAUCUUGAAUGGACUUGCUCGUAAAUUACCCCAUCAUCACAAGACCAUAUACGGAGACAACAGCGCCUUAAACUGGACUGCUGGUACAGUUGGUGAUCUAAAACCUUGGUAGGAUCAAGUUGCACCUCCAGAUUUACUCAUUUUUCCCCCUUGAUUUGUUGACUUCCUUUUUGCGUAUAAUAUUUAUUCAUUAAUUCUAUGUUAAUUUAUACACAGAAGAAAGAGUUUCGUUCAUUAAAUGAUGUUUAUGACAUAGAUGAUAAUUUGAAAAACAACGGCACAGAACAUGUGAGAGAGAU